CCGAGGAGAUCGCCAUCAGCUGGCCAAGGAUCACGGCCUUCGCCGAGUCCCACCGGAGGAGGGGCCUGGGGGCUGACGAGGGGUUGUUGAGCGAGAACGAGGAGGAGGAUCCACCCCCGGGGGAGCUGGAGAAGGUGGACACGGAGGGGACACCGGUGGCCAAGCCCAAAGGGACCAGCCCAACUGGUGCUGAGGGCUCCAAACCCAACGACAGCCCCCCAAAACCAGAGAACCAGCCCAAAAAAGCCCCGGGGAAGCGCCAGGGGAAAUCGAGUCACCGGAACUUCAAGAAAUUCCCACCCCGGGCCCUGUUGGGUCACGGUCGUUGCCACGACUGUGGGAAGACUUUGGCUUUUGGGUCAACCUUCCCCAAACGCCGCCGAGGGCCCGAGAGGCCCCAUAAAUGCCCGGAAUGUGGGAAAUGUUUCCGUCUCAGCUCCACCCUCAUCACCCACCAGCGCCGACACGCCGGGGAGAAGCCCUACAAGUGCCCCGACUGUGGGAAGAGCUUCAGCGUCGGUUCCGCCUUCAUCCAGCACCAACGGGUCCACGGCGGGAGCGGCGCCGCCCCCUGCCAGUGUGGGGUCUGUGGGAAGAGCUUCCCAGUCACUUCCAGUUUGGUGAAGCACCAAAAACUCCACCUGGAAGAGAAACCCUACAAGUGCGGGGACUGCGGGAAAGGCUUCAACUGGAAUUCCCACCUGGAGCGGCACCGGAGGAUCCACACGGGCGAGAAACCCUACGCCUGCCCGGAGUGCGGGAAGAGCUUCAGCUGGAGUUCCCACCUCGACCGGCACCGCCGGAUCCACAUGGGGGAAAAGCCUUUUCGCUGCGGCGACUGCGGGAAGAGCUUCUCCCAGAGUUCCCACUUGGAGAGGCACCAACGCGUCCACGCCGGCUCCGAGCAACCUUGUCAAUGCACCGACUGUGGGAAGAGCUUCUUGGCCUCCACCAAACGCCGGCGGCUCUUGGGCGGUGCUGGAGAACGAGCUUGUAAAUGCACCGAGUGUGGGAAAAGCUUCUUUUGGGCAUCUCGACCUCGACCGGCGCCGGAAAGGACCCACAAGUGCAGCGAGUGCGGGAAGAGCUUCACGGAGAACGUCAAGCACCAGGGGACACAGACUGGGGAGAAGCCCUACACCUGCCCUGAGUGUGGGAAGAGCUUCGGCCAGAACUCGGCCCUGGUCAAGCACCGGCGGAUGCACACGGGGGAGAAGCCCUACAAGUGUGGGGACUGCGGGAAGAGCUUCGGCGUCCGCUCCAACCUCAUCAAGCACCAACGGACCCACCUUGGGGAGAAGCCCUACAAGUGCCCGGACUGCGGGAAGGGCUUCAUCCAGAAAUCCGACCUGACCAAGCACCGCCGGAUGCACACGGGGGAGAAGCCCUACAAGUGCAACGUCUGCGGGAAGUGCUUCAGCGUCUCCUCCAACCUCAUCAAGCACCAGAGGAUCCACCUCGGGGAGAAGCCCUACCAGUGCUCCGAGUGCGGGAAGAGCUUCAUCCAGCGCUCCGAGCUCACCAUCCACCACCGCGUCCACACCGGCGAGAAGCCCUACAAGUGCCCCGAGUGCGGGAAGUGCUUCAGCCGCAGCUCCCACCUCAACCGCCACCAACGCCCCCACGCCGGGGACCAAGCCAAAGGGGGAGGGGACACAUGGGGAACCCCCCCCCUCAUGGAAAGUGGGAGGAAGAGGAGGGAGGAGGAGGACGAAGCCAAGAACCCCCCAAGGGUCUCAAACCCUUGA